AUGGAUUACCGAUUCCAACUUGCAAGUCCUAAUUGUAUUACUAGAUGAGCAAAUAUUUUCUUUCUGCAACCAAAUUUAGAGCAAUUAAACUUCACAUGAGACCAUGACAUUCAACGAGCUAGUCAGAAUUUACUUGCUUGUUUUUGUUUUACAUACACUGGGCUCGCAAUGCUCUCCCGGAUCUUCAGGAGAGGUCAAUCGGGACUCCCUUAUCUUCCUUCUUCCUGAUCCUCUGGCCAAAUUAGGCCAUGAAUGCCUACAGCGGAGUUUUUCAUUUUGCCUGAUGGGCUACAAGAUGAACACUAGAGUGGCCAAUCGUCAGCCGAGGGAUAAUGACGAGGCUCAGUUUCAGCAGCUCAUUCAGAACAAGUUUCAAACUGUUAACUGGUUCUCUUUUAAACCAGAUGACGCUCCUGAGGGCUGUUGUAGUUACCAGACUGGGUGGUACAAAGAAUUCGGCCAAAGGAACGGACUAUCCCCUGCCAGCUACUAUAACAUAGUUUUCAACUUCAUGCAAGGACGAAGAGACGAACAACUAGUAUUCGUCAAGGUUCGCUGGAACCCCGCGAUUUGCAUGAACGUCAUAGAGCAGCUUGGAUUUGGCCGAGGCCUGCUGAAAACACAAGGGGGCAAAGGGCUGACCAAACGCUUCGUCAUGCCCCCUUCUGGUGGGUCUCUGAAUGUUAACAUCCUCAAAGGUACGGAACUGAAACGGGUGCUGGACUUCCGCUGGUUUAUGACUAGUGUAGUGUGUGUUGAGAAACCAGAACUGUGUCCACCAAACAGCGACCUUCCGGCGUCCAGUAGAAACUCCGAGCUGGAACAAUCCGUGCCAGUUUUUGACCUGCGCUCAUUGAACGGAUGGAAAUUUACAUGAAACAUAUCACUGAACUUUUAACACCAAUAUUUUAAGUGAUGCAGUCAAGUAAGAAAAACCUAGACAGCUGCAGUAAUAUAUUAUAU